AUGGUGGACACACAUGAGCUGGAACGGGACAGGGGCCAAACAGGACUCUGUGGGGUCCUCCUGUCUCUGUGGGGCCCUCCUGUCUCUGUGGGGCCCUCCUGUCUCUGUGGGGCCCUCCUGUCUCUGUGGGGCUCUCCUGUCUCUGUGGGGUCCUCCUGUCUCUGUGGGGUCCUCCCGUCUCUGUGGGGCCCUCCUGUCUCUGUGGGGCCCUCCUGUCUCUGUGGGGCUCUCCUGUCUCUGUGGGGUCCUCCCGUCUCUGUGGGGCCCUCCUGUCUCUGUGGGGCCCUCCUGUCUCUGUGGGGCCCUCCUGUCUCUGUGGGGCUCUCCUGUCUCUGUGGGGUCCUCCUGUCUCUGUGGGGUCCUCCCGUCUCUGUGGGGCCCUCCUGUCUCUGUGGGGCCCUCCUGUCUCUGUGGGGCCCUCCUGUCUCUGUGGGGCCCUCCUGUCUCUGUGGGGCCCUCCUGUCUCUGUGGGGCCCUCCUGUCUCUGUGGGGCUCUCCUGUCUCUGUGGGGUCCUCCUGUCUCUGUGGGGUCCUCCCGUCUCUGUGGGGCCCUCCUGUCUCUGUGGGGCCCUCCUGUCUCUGUGGGGCUCUCCUGUCUCUGUGGGGUCCUCCUGUCUCUGUGGGGUCCUCCCGUCUCUGUGGGGCCCUCCUGUCUCUGUGGGGCCCUCCUGUCUCUGUGGGGCUCUCCUGUCUCUGUGGGGCCCUCCUGUCUCUGUGGGGCCCUCCUGUCUCUGUGGGGCUCUCCUGUCUCUGUGGGGUCCUCCUGUCUCUGUGGGGCCCUCCCUGUCUCUGUGGGGCCCUCCUGUCUCUGUGGGGCCCUCCUGUCUGUGA